AUGAGAAAUUGCACAAUGGUGACUGAAUUCAUCCUGCGGGGGAUCCCUGAGUCAGAGGGCCUAGAGACAACACUUUUAUUAGUGUUCUUGUCAAUAUAUUUGUGCACCCUGUUGGGAAAUGUGCUCAUCCUCACGGUGAUCCUCUCCUCCUCACGGCUUCACACUCCCAUGUAUUUUUUCUUGGGAAACCUCUCCAUCUUUGACCUUGCUUUUUCUUCAACGACUGCUCCCAAGAUGCUGUUGAACCUUUCAGGGCAGAGUCAAAGGAUCUCAUUCCAGGGUUGUGCUCUCCAGCUCUUCUUCUACCAUUUCCUGGGCUGCACAGAGUGCUUCCUGUACACGGUAAUGGCCUUGGACCGCUAUGUAGCCAUUUGUCACCCCCUGAGGUACACAGUCAUCAUGAAUAUCAGGGUCUGCUCCAUCUUGGCCACAGGCACCUGGGUGGGUGGACUCGUACAUGCUGUUAUGCUCACCUCCCUCACCUUCCAGUUACCCUACUGUGGGUCUAACGAGGUGGACUAUUACUUCUGUGAUGUGCCUGCUGUGUUACCUCUAGCCUGUGAGGACACAUCUGUAGCCCAGAGGGUAGGUUUUACAAACGUUGGUCUUUUGGCUUUUACAUGCUUAUUCCUCAUCUUUGUUUCCUACAUUUGCAUCGGGGUCUCCAUAUCAAAGAUCCGCUCAGCAGAGGGCAGGCAUCGGGCUUUCUCAACCUGCAGUGCCCACCUCGCUGCAAUUCUUUGUGCUUAUGGACCAGUGAUCAUCAUCUACCUACAGCAAAAUCCCAGCCCCUUAUUCGGUGCCACAAUUCAGAUCUUCAAUAAUCUUGUAACCCCCAUGUUGAACCCCCUCAUCUACAGCCUGAGGAAUCAGGAUGUAAAGUCUGCCUUGAGGCAUAUAUUUGCCAAGAGAAGCUUUGCUGUUGAAAAUAAAUGA